UUAUCAAUUCAACUUUCAUUAACUUUGAGCAAAAUCCAUGGCUGCUGUUACCACCACAUUGAAGCUGUCACUUUUCUUCACCUUCAUCUCAGUUUCAUUAUCGGCUAUUCCCCCAACAUGCAACCGCAUAGAGUGUCCCAAUUACGAUCUCAUACAAGCGGGAAAUGGCUAUGAAAUCCGGCGCUAUAAUUCAUCUCUUUGGAUUUCCACUCAACCCAUUCAAGAAAUUUCUCUUCAUGAAGCUACAAGAACCGGUUUCUUGAGUCUUUUUGACUAUAUUCAAGGUAAGAACAAGUACCAGGAAAAAAUAGAGAUGACAGCACCUGUUGUCUCAGAGGUUUUACCUAGUGAUGGACCCUUUUGCAAGUCUUCAUUUGUUAUAAGCUUUUAUGUACCUAAACAGAAACAAGCGAAUCCACCUCCUGCAAAGGGUCUUCAUGUUCAAAGAUGGAAACAUGUGUACGCAGCAGUUAGACAGUUUGGUGGAUUUGUCAAAAAUACAGACGUUGGCGAGGAAGCUGCAGCUUUGAAGGAAAGUAUUGCCGGUACUAAGUGGUCGUCUGCUAUUGAUCAAAGCCGUAGAGCUGGUCAUGCUUCGGUUUACUCUGUGGCUCAGUACAAUGACCCUUUAGAAUUUGAUAAUAGGGUGAAUGAGAUAUGGUUUUUGUUUGAUUUACCGGAGAAGAAAUUUACCGGAGUCGCUGAUUCCAGGUAGUGUGUAAGUUUUCAAUGUGAAAGCAAUAUGUCUAGUUUGCAACCUGAUGUGUUAGUUAAGAUAUCUUGUUGAAUUAAUAAAUAAAGUGCAGGCUCAAGUGUUUCACAAUGAUAUUCAGCUUGACUUUUUGUUCAUGUAAUGUUAAACUUGCACAAUAAAAUUAUAAGGAAUUGGUAUGGCUUUUGAAA